UAUAAUUGUCAUCCUUUUACCAGUAACAAUGUCAUCAUUUUUAACACCAACAAGAGACGAAUUAUUUGAUUCAUUAAGAUUAACUGAUAUUAAUAAAUCAAAUGAAUCAAUAGAACCCUCUCCCAAAAAGUAUAUUAAAGUAAUUUAUCUUAUCAACAUUCAGAUAGGAGAUUAUGAUAACACUACUUAAGAAAAUUAAGAUUAAUCUAUUGAAAAAAAUAUUAUUAUUCCAAUUCCCAUAAAAUAACAUGUGUCAGUUUCAAAAUAAGGCCAAAGAUUGAUUGUUAACCCUAAACUGAAAAUUGUAAAUAAUUUAUAUAAUUUAUUUUAGAAAAUGCUGAAUCUUUACAUUUCACAAGCUAUUGUUGAAGAAGAGGACAAUAUUUUCAAUUGUACUCAAACAAAGAAAUGAUAAAUCCUUAUAAUUUUUGAAUUUGAUACUAUAGAUCAAUAAUAUGAAUCUUCACAAACUAUUAAUUAGAUUAUUAAUGGUAUGUAUUUCCUUUAUUCUUAAUUUAGU